UUAACAUUAGCUUAUCAUAAUUUGAAGCUGAGUAAUGAAAAUCAUACAAUUACCAGUAGCAUCAACGCGUUGCAUAUUUGAGGUGUUUAGAUUCCUGGAAGGUGAUCCGUAGACUUGGACAUAAAUUUGUUGAGCAGGUCAAAGUCCGGUAAACUCUUUGUUUCAUAUCAAAGACCGACUAAAUUAUUGAUCAUGCUUUUGGACAUCGAUCUUCUUCUUUUGUAAUCACUUUUGGUGCUAGUUCCUCGACUCUUCCUUGUUGUUUCUUCAGAAUCUCCACGAAACUGCUGGUUGACUGGGUUCAGUAGAGCCUACGCGGAGAGAUUGGUCAAGUUAAGAAGAAGAAGAUAGACAAACGAAUGACUGGUGAAUAGUAUUUAUAUAAGGUGCCAACUCUUCGGUGCUUGAUAGCUUCAGAGAAGAAAGCAAUGGCUAGCCCACCAGAAAAACCAGUAGCGAACCCUCCAAAAAAAUCUGGGUGGAGCUGGUUCACGAGCUUUGAGUAUGACAAGGAAAAUGACGAACCAGGCCAUGCACGUAACGUUCUGCUAGUAGUUGCGGCGCUGAUCACUGCUGUGACAUUCCAAGCCGGGGUCAAUCCUCCGGGAGGUGUCUGGCAAGACGAUGGAAAGGGUCACACUGCAGGAAGAGCCAUUUACGCAACUCACCAGGUGCCAUUUUAUGUGUUCUUGAUAUCGAACACCUUGGCUCUUUCGAGUUCAAUCUUCAUAAUCGUAUUGCUUACUCAUAGGUUCCCUUUCCAUUUUGAGGUAAUGAUUGCCACACUUUCUAUGAUUGUGACUUAUGGCUCUGCUGUGUUUGCUGUGACCCCGAAGGAGUCGGUGAAAUUUCGUUACAUAUUGUUCACUGCUGCUCUGCCUUAUGUGUUGAGGUUCUUGUUCCAAUUGUUCAAGAAGUAUAGACAUAAUGUUCAUUUUAGGUGUCAAAACCCAUGUUCCGAUUGCUAAUCUUCUCAAUGUUGUCAGAAUUUGAGGUAUGCUAGUAGGGAUGGAGUUGCUAUAGAUUUAGUUUGUGUGUAAUCUGAAAUCAAUGGAGUUUUUAAGAGUAAGAGGUGGUAGGACUCGCAAUGUAAUUAUAUCCUCAGCUCAGAGUCUAUGAUUCUCAAAGUAAUCUUAUGUUAUUAAAUUUUAGA